AUGAAAAUCCCUUCAAUGAACCGAAAGACUGAAGCGGAUACAAACCCCACCUUUGUCCCGGACGAGAUAGAGGAGGCCCUCAAAAUCGCUCCAGAAGUUCGAGACUAUGCUGGAGCGCAUGCGAAGCAUGACCCAGCCGAGAUUGCCCUGGACCGCAACGCCAUCGCCCUCGCCAGACUCAACACCCUCGAAGAAUACCUCAACCUUUCGUCCACAGAAUACCAAACAUGCGUCUCAAUUCUCUUCGUCGGAUACGUCAUCGUCGGCAUCCCCGCAAAUAUGGUGGUAACGCGAGUCCGCCCAAGCUUGUGGAUGAGCUCCUACAUGGCCGUCUGGGCCAUCAUCAGCGCCCUGACGGCAGUGAGCCAGAACUACACGGGCCUGUUGCUCACUCGCUUCUUCCUCGGUAUCACCGAGGCACCCUACUAUCCCGGAGCGCUUUACGUUCUCGCCACGUUCUACACGCGUAAAAAGUUGGCGACCAGGAUCUCUAUCCUGUACACGGGUAACAUCCUUGCGACGGCCUUUGCUGGCUUGAUCGCUCUUGGAAUCUUCCAGAUGCACGGCAUGGCCGGUAUCGCGGGCUGGAGAUGGUUGUUCAUCAUCCAGGGCGUAGUCACCCUCAUAAUCGCCAUACUAGCUUUCUUCAUCCUCCCCGACGAACCUCUCACGACGCGAUGGCUCGGACCCGAGGAGCGUAUCCUAGCCAACGAGCGCAUCCUGAGAGACACUGUCGGAAACGCCGGCCAGACUACGACGUGGUCAGGCCUCCUCGAGGCUGCCAAAGAUCCCAAGGUCUGGCUCUUCACCGCGAUGCAGCACUGCCAUCUAGGCGCCCACGGGUUCGAAAACUUCUUUCCUACAGCAGUUGAGACGUUGGGUUUUGAUGAGACCAUUACUCUUGUGCUCACCUGUCCUCCGUAUCUCAUUGCUGGGAUUAUCUCGAUCGCUUGGUCUUGGUCUUCAGGAAGAUUCAACGAGCGCACGUGGCACAUCAAUGUAGCCAAGGCGAUUGCGGUAUUCGGCUUCAUUCUCGGCUGCGCCACCCUCAACACCGGUGCUAGAUACUUUUCCAUGGUCGUCUUCUCCGUGGGCACGUACGCGGUGAACUCCAUUAUAUUGGGGUGGGUCUCUGCGACUUGCUCGCAGACCAAAGAGAAGAAGGCUUCCUCUCUCGCCAUCGUCAACUGCAUAGCCGUCGCAUCCUUCAUUUGGACCCCGUACAUGUGGCCCAAAUCUGACGAGCCUCGAUACGUUAUGGCGAUGUCUUCGAGCGCGGCGCUUAGCGUUGCAACUGCCAUGGGCGCAUGGGCGAUGCGGCUCUGGCUCAUGCGUGAGAAUAGGAAGAUUCGGCGAUCCGAAAACGAGAGGAUUCUAUUUUAUGCCUACUAA